UUAAAGGAAAUAAAUUAAACAAAUAAAAGUGCGAUCGGCGCGUGCAAGUGUUAUAAGUGGAAAACAAUUAAAUUAAAAAUUUAAAAUGGCCGAAGAAGAACAAGUAGUGAUAAAACAUAUCGAAGCUGAAAUCCUGGAACUUUUUUUAAGUUGGGGACUAUCCUGCGCUGGGAUAUCUGCACUAGAGGAGUGCCGCAUAGCUUCUUUUGAUGUUAUCAAGAUUCUUAAUGGGCAUGAUAUUGAAAAUGUGUUCCAAAAAAGAGAACUUAUGGCGGACAGAAUUAAAUUUAGGUACGGUCUAAAUAAAUGGAGGGAAGCUAAUCAUGUCGACGUAAUACCAUGCUGCCAGAGUGACAAAACACUUUCCAUGGUAUCACAAUGGCUUUCAUCGGAUACAAUGCAUGCCAGCUCUUCAACGUCUUCUCAAAAUGUCUUCGAAUUUCGAGGAAAAACAAAUACAAAUAUCGAUUUUAAUAUUAAAGAAAUAUUGCAAAAAACUGUUGCUGGAGACGAUAUGAUUAAAGCAUACCAACAAACGCCAAACCUAUCUAGCACUGAUCAAACCAUCAUAUCUAGAUGCAUUGUCGACCAUUUUCAUCACAAUGGUCUAAAAAUGUGUCCAAAAACCAUGAAAAGUGUAGCUAAGGAAAUAGUAAAAUUAUUUCCAAAUGAAGACGAACGUACGUAUUACGUUCCGCGGGAAAAUGGAAAGCAGCCAUCGGGAAAAAUUUUUGACAGGUACUUUAACGUCGGAUACAAUCGGAAGAGAAAAGCUGACUUGUCAGUAACAGAAAAGAUAGCCAAAAGCACUACUGAUAUUGAAAAUGAUGCGAGUACUAUUUCCGAAGAAAAUGACAAGAUGGAAGUCGAAGAGUUUUUAAAGAAAAAAGAAUUUCUGUUAUAUAACUCUCCUGAAAACGCAAAAUCUUUGUGGGAAGAAACAUCUAAAAUGAGAAUGAAGGAAGAAAAAUAUCCAAUUUCUUCAUUUUUAACUGCAUGGCCACGGUAUAAGGACACAAAUGCCGAACAGCUAAUUAAUGUUGACUUCAACACAUUACACCCGGGAAAAUCUAAUAAACUCUUCGAAAAGUUCUACGAGUUAGAAAAAAGGGCAAACAAGGUUUUUUUCCCAUCAUCAAUCAAGGAGAAACUCUUUCUUGAAAUGUAUAAGAAAAUGGUUUCGCCCGAGCUUUGUGCCGAUUCGAAAAACUUUUUCUUUUUUAAUUUGUUGCACACCAUCUUAAUUCCGCCAAGGAUUAGCAAAACUUGCAAACCAUCAAUUUCUGAUGCACAAAAAGAUAUGUUUGUUCACUUGGUAAGCUUAAAUAAUUUUAAACAUAAGGAGGAUGAGCUGCAACUCCAAGCUAUUUCGGAAAAACUUAAGUUGCAGCCAAAAAUUUUUGUCAUUGGGGAGUCUUUGGAAAGCUUGAAAGAAUUUUAUGUUUAUUUGGAAGGUAUACGCUAUAAAGUUUCAACGCUGCUCGAUGCUAUAGAUUUAGUUGUUAAGAUUUCUUUCGUUUUUAAUUUAGAUUAUACUCAAAAAAGCAAAUAUGUGUGGUUCUUUUUGCAAGAAUAUAUAUACGAAAUUGUCCCUGACGAAAAAAUUUCAAAAAUAAAAAACAUUAUUUCAAAAUUAGAAAAUGUCAACAUUGAAUAAAGAUAAUUAUAAAAACACACAUAUUUGCUUUAUCUGUAAGAAAACUUUUCAAAACUCAAAUAAAUUUCUCAUUCAUUUAAAAGAUGAUCAUAGGACUCCAACACACUAUGAAUUUUCUUGUAAAUAUAAUUCAUGUAACAAAUUCUUUCAAACUAUUUAUAAAUUUAAGCAUCAUAUUUUAAAACACGAUAACAAACCAGACAGUUGUAAUUUUGAAAUCAGUCCUAAAAGAGUAAAGACCAUAGCACCUACUAUUUCAACCAAUGAAAUUCAUCCGAAUACCCAACCACGUAAUGAUUCUGAAGAAUGUAAUGUUUUGCUACAAGCCCAAAGUUCUUCUUGUCAAAAACCACCUCAAAUUGAUCUUAAUAAAAUAAAAACUAACUUAACUAAAGCAGUAAUUUCCUUUGCACUCCAACUUCAUACAAAAGCCAAUGUAACCAGAAAAAGUAUUCCAGAAAUUCAAAAUGCUAUAGAAGGUGAUAUCCUAAAGCCGUUUGUAGAUACAUUAAGUGAAUUUAUGCCAUUUAUAUAGCCCGAACUUCAAUCUAUAUACCAAACCAUUCUUAACUUUGUAAAUAACCCGUUUGAGGACAUAGCAUCCGAAUACAAAUUUUUUCAAAAAAUUGAAUCUCUACAAAUUUUUAAACCACCCAAAUUGUUUACAAUAAGCAGACAGUUAGAUGAAGUUUUCGUACGAGGUGAGCCAACUUUAAAAGAAAACACUAUUGAAGGAUGUCUCAACGACAUACAUUUUCAAUUAAAAAAGUAUUUUGAGUCACCAUUAGUUUUAAGUAAAACCCUAAAGAACAUCGAAAAUAUUAAAACCCAAAACUUAUUGAAUCACUUUAUAAUGGGAAAUAUGUGGAAAACUAAAACUGACACAAUACGUGAUAAAAUAAUUUUUCCUUUGUUUUUAUAUUUCGAUUCAUUUCAAACAAAUGAUGCAAAUGGGCCUCAUAAUGACUCGAUUUGUGGAAUUUAUUUUACUGUCCCUGUUAUUCCUCAACACCAAUUAUCCCACUUAAGUAACAUUUUUGUGGCAGGAUUUGUUAAAUCAAAAGAUAUAAAUCACUUUGGAAACAGUGCUUCUUUGGCUAAGUUAGUUCAAACUCUUGAAGAUCUUGCUUUAAAUGGCAUUGAUUUGAAUAUCGAUGGGAAAACUUCUAAAGUAUAUUUUUAUCUAGGACAAAUACUUGGUGAUAAUCUUGGACUAAACGAAGUCUUAGGAUU